GUAGGGGAGUUCGCGGAGGUGCAUGGCAUCGGGGAUAGCAUCGUGCGUUGCAACCGCUGCUGUCGCACGGCAAAGGAGUGCAACUACAGGAUCAAAGCGAAGGGUCAGUCGACUUACCAGUGCGACGCGUGCAACGCGAACGGGGUGCGCCUUUCCCGGAGGUUCGGACAGUGGCCGCCAAGUUUCGCUAAAAUGAAGAGUGAGUUCAAGCAGCAUUUCUACAAGGAUCUGGCAGAAGAUCCUGGGCUGUCGAACCUCGAUCGCAUUGAAGCCUUCGUGGUCAGCUCAAUCACUGUCCAACGGAUGGAGGAGGAGCGCGUCCGCAAGGGUGGCAAGUACCUUCCGCUGAGGAAGUGGGCGCACGACGGCUUCGACGCAAAAAAGAUCGAAGCUAAUGUGCAGGAUAAGAAGUGGAACCCUGAUCUCGGGGAGUGGACGCACAGGCCGCAAUUGGAGGCGGCCUGGAGCGAGACAGCGGAGGCCGCAGUGCGCAACGAGCUCUGCACCGAUAAGAGGACGCAGGCGAAGCAGAGCGGCCCGCGGGCAGCGGCCUCGACGGGCGUCGCAGAGCACGGCGGCGACAAGGGCGACAGAAGCGACGAGAGCGACAUGUCCAGAUCCAGGAGCCGCUCGCGCGGCGACCGCGACAGGAGCAAGAGCCGCCGCAAGGGCAGGAGCAAGAGCCGCGGCAAGAGCAAGGACAGGAGCAAGAGCAGGGAUGAGGACGCUGAGAAGGAGCGGAGGCGGCAGGAGGCGAGGGAGAAGGCCGAGCAGGUCAAGAAGGAGACGCAGGAGAAGAACCUGGCGCUGAAGUGGAUCGGCACCGCAACGAGGCUCGAGACAGAGCUGGACGGGUACCUCGAGCAUGAGAAGGCGGACAAGGUGCCGUCAUGGGCUGUGAAGAACGCGAAGGCGGCGAGGAAGUCUGUGGCAGUCAUGAAGGCGGUGGCGCAGAAGCGCGCGCACAGCGGCGCGGCGUUGACGAUCGCGCAGGACGGGGCCAUCAGCAUCCAGAAGGAUGCGAGCUCGGCGGCGAGGGCCAUCGCGGGGAUGCUCAAGGAGGCGCAGAAGCACAGCACCUGA